AUGUCAACAUCGGCGACUGACGGGUCUAACGGCGCCGCUGGACCCAUUCUGGAUCCUUCUCAGAGACUCCACAGCCACCAGCUUCAACCAGCUCCCACCAACACCGCCGCCGCCGCCACCAACUCCGCCCUGGCCGUCAAGAAGCCCCCCGCCAAGGACCGGCACAGCAAGGUCGACGGCCGCGGCCGCCGCAUCCGCAUGCCCAUCAUCUGCGCCGCCAGAGUCUUCCAGCUCACCCGCGAGCUUGGCCACAAGUCCGACGGCCAGACUAUUGAGUGGCUCCUCCGCCAGGCCGAGCCCUCCAUUAUCGCCGCCACCGGCACCGGCACCACUCCGGCGACCUUCUCCACCAUAUCCCCAUCCUCCGCCAGAAACUCCGCCUCCUCCAUCUCCGCAGCUCUUGACCACAAACCCUUUUCACAUUCCCUUCUCACCCCCGCCCCCUUCAUCCUGGGUAAGCGGCUCCGCCCUGAUGACGAUGACCACCACCAGCAGCAACACCUCCCCAAGGAUGACGGUAAUUCCUCCACGGCCGUGGUGGGGCCUACUGUCCCUGCUGGAGGGUUUUGGGCUUUGCCGGCAAGGCCAGACUUUGGCCAAGUCUGGAGCUUUGCGGCGCCUGAAAUGGUGGUUUCAGCUACCGGGGGCUCGAAUAAUUCUCAGCAACAGCAGCAGCAACAGCAACACUCUGCGGCUGCUUUGAGGUUUUUGCAGCAACAACAGCCUUUGGGCAUUGGGGAGGCCUCAGCUGCCAGGGUUGGUAAUUACUUGCCCAUAGCGCAAGUGCAGGGACACCACCUCAAUUUGCUGGCAUCUCUAUCCAGUCCACACUCUCAAUCGGCCGAACAACAAAGAAGGGAUGCGGACGCCAAUUAA